GCAACGCAGGGCAAACCAACCAACCAACCAACCAACCAACUUGCUUCCGAAGCACACAAGCAAGCAAGCACAAAAGCACAAGCACACAAGCAAUCCGCCAGCCAUGAUGGGCCUCAAGGAGGUUCUGCGGCACCAGCCCCUCCGGAAGCGAGGUCCUCCUCCCCGGCGUCGGAGGCGGCGGCGCAGAACGCCCGAUCGGGGGGAGGAGGCAGGUCCCCCGCCGCUCCCCCCCGGGACGAAACCCGAGGGAAAGCCCCCAGCGGGCGAGGGCGGGCGGGGGGGAUUUCCUCCCGGGGCCUUUGGGAGCAACGGCGGCGGCGGGGACGACCACCAAAACGACAACGACGACAAUAGUGACAACAAUGGCGACAUCGACAACGACAACGACAGCGGGGAGGAGAGCGACGAGAUUCCCUACGCCAUGAACUUUUCCCAGCCCGAGGGCCGCUCCUUUCGCACCAAAAAGCAGAGGCGGGCGAAGCGGCCGCGGUCCGGCAGCGACGCGAGCCUCGGUUCUUCUUCUUCGUCGUCGUCUUCGUCUUCGUCGUCGUCUUGCUCCUCGUAUUCGGCGUGCUCGUCGCACUCUUCUCCCCGGCGCGGGCGCUCCUCGGAGCCCCUCCGGCCGGGCGACGUCAUCGAGUUCCAGAACACGGCGGUCUUCACGGCCGGGUCCUCCAUGGGGUGGUCCAGGGCGACCGUCCUGGAGACGAGGGCAGGCAAAGGGCCCGGCCAAACCGCCGCCUUUCCCCUGGUCCUCUCGACCGGCGAGCGCCUCGACCGGUCCGUCCGCGUCCGCCGGGUCGAGGAGCGGGUGGGGGGGCGCUCCUACAAGCACGCGGGGCGCUACCGGCCCCUCGGGGACUUUUUGGUCUCCGAAGGGAGGCUCCGGGGGGCCGAGCGAGAGGCCCUCCUGGAGGCCCACCACCCCUCCCGGCGCCUCGGGAGGCUCGGGGGAGAGCUGGAGCGGAGGGCCGUCGGCUUUCUCCGGGGGGACCACGAGGGGGGCGGUGCGAAUGCGAAUGCGAAUGCGAGUGCGAGUGCGAGUGCCGCAACGGAUCCGGGCUCUCGUGCCGGAAACGGCGAACCACACCUUCCGCGGACGCAACGCCACCACAGGGCGCCGGGGGCACCGCAGAGCGACCGGUCCCAGGCCCCGCCAAAACGGGAAGCCCUUCCCGAGAAGGACUACGACACGGAGGACGAACUGCAAAAGGCGAGGGCCACCAACCAGCACCGCCGGAGGCGGCGGCUCUCCGAGGCGAUCCUUGGCCGCGGCGGCGGAAUCGAUGGCAGCAGCGACAGCGACAGUGACAGCAGCAGCCCGGACCGGGAUACAACCCCCCGCGGCCGCACCCUUCCGCCGGUGCCAGCGGUGGCCACACACACAGACACAGACACACACACAGACGCACACUCACACACACCCUUCCGCCCGCGGUUCACGACGACCGUGGCGUCCAAGCAGGAAGAGGCCCGGCUGGCCGAUCGCUUCCUGCUGGACUCGGACGACAGCGACAGCGACGACAGCGACGACGACUUUGGGGCCCCCGUUUUUGCCCGAUCGACCGCGAGGGGGGAAACUCCGUCUCCCGCGACCGCAGCCGCAAUCCCCGCGAAAAGGAACGGAAGCACCGGCCCAACCAUCGGCACCGGGGACGACACCCUUGAGGACGACAGCGUCGAGGAGGAUACCGACACCGGGGACGAUGGUUCCGACGCCGCGAGAUCCCUCUUGCCGGAACGCCCCCGGAUUCGGAGGAAAACGAAGCACCCUCCCUCGCCGGGAACGAGAACGAAUACGAAUACGAAUUCGAAUACGACUAUGAGGACGAAAUCGAGCAUGAAAUCGAGCACGAAAUCGAGCACGAAAUCGAGCACGAAAUCGAGCACGAAAUCGAGCACGAAAUCGAGCAUUAAACCGAGCAMGAAAUCGAGCAUCAAAUCGAGCACGAAAUCGAGCACGAAAUCGAGCACGAAAUCGAGGACCCUUCCGCACUGCCUCCCCGACCGAUCCCCCCCGGACCUCUUCGAUGACUCGUCGUCCUCGUCCCCGGAGUCCCCGGGCUUCCGCAGGCGGAACCGGCGGGGCGAAACCCUGCUCGGGGGCCGCAGGGGCACGCGUUUGCCGCGAUGGCGCGAGCAAGGGCACUCCCGGGGGGGAGCGGGGUGCCCCUACCAGCCCCUGGUGCUGGCACAGGCACGGACAAACGGGGGCGGCGACGGGGAAGACUCCCCCCCGUCGAUCGCCAAGGCGUACCGGAAACGGGAAGCCAAGCGGCGGCGGCGGCAGCAGCAGCAGCCACAACCACAACCACAACCACCACGGCAUCGGCAGCGAGACCGAAACAGGGGGGGGAAGCGCGAACGAGGCGGGAGCGGGGCCGGUCGAGGGAGGCCCUCCACCAACCGGCGGAAGAAAGGCUGACACGCACAGGCACACAGGUACACA